UUUCUUUUUUUUCAGCUGCUACCACAACACAUAACAAGACGUCCCAGAUGAACUACGAAAAUGAAGCACCAAGAAAUUCUUAUGCCAAUACGCUUAUUUAAACAAAUACGUUUCAAAUAAUCCUUCUAUUUAUAUAAAAUGUUUAAACUAAAAAUGCGUGUAUACAUGUUCCAGUUACUAAAACAUUUAGAUAUUAACAGUAGUCGAAAUCCUAGAUAAAAAAUAAUUGCGAUCGUAAACAAUGUCAUCGGUAGACAACAAUAGAUAUAUUGUACAAGUGUAUGUUGGGGCGUUAUCUGCCCUGUACGAGGCACUUUCGGUCGAAGCUAGUAAGCAGACGACUUCUGAAGAAAUAGUGUCUUGUAUUGUGGAGAGAUUAUCGCUGAGUGAAAGUCCAGGUGGUACGUAUGAGUUGGCAGAGGUCGUCGGUGAUGCAUUCGGACGCGAGUGCAAGGAAAGAAGUUUGGGACCUUCGGAGAGUCCCGUGCAAGUGAUGAUGUUGUGGCCAAAAAAUAGAAUAGAUCAUUCGUCUUACCGAUUCUACCUAAGGGAAAAAGUGAACGAUUACGUCUGGUCCGAUAAUUUCACAAUGGAUCCCCAGUUGAUAAAAGACUAUUUCCAUCGCUUUCUCUACCAGCCGAAAGAUAGAGAAUAUCCAGAUUUGUGCCAGUUACCGGAUUUGAACGAACAAACGCUUCUCGACAAUUUACGAGCUAGGUUUAUGGCUGGUCACAUCUACACGUAUGUAGGGUCUAUUCUUAUAGCAGUCAAUCCUUUCAAGUUUUAUCCAAUUUACAAUCCAAAGUAUGUUAAGCUAUAUCAAAAUCGCAGACUGGGUCCAAAUCUACCUCCUCAUAUUUUUGCCGUUGCCGACACAGCUUACUAUUGUAUGUUAAAGGACCGUAAAAAUCAGUGUAUAGUUAUAAGUGGAGAAAGUGGGUCCGGUAAAACGGAAAGCACAAACUUCUUAUUACAUCACUUGACGGCUCUUAGUCAAAAGGGUUCGCACGGUAGUGGUGUCGAACAAACUAUUCUAAGUGCCGGUCCGGUUUUGGAGGCGUUCGGUAAUGCGAAAACUGCUCACAACAAUAAUUCCAGUCGAUUCGGAAAAUUCAUUCAAGUUAAUUACAAAGAAAACGGGAUGGUACACGGAGCCGUUGUCCAAAAGUAUUUAUUAGAGAAAUCGAGAAUCUGUUCGCAGGGAUACAAUGAACGCAAUUAUCACGUGUUUUACUAUCUACUCGAAGGAGCAAACGAACAGGAACGUAAGAUUCUGCACUUAAAACCUGCAGACCAAUACAACUACCUUAACAAAAGCGGAUGUUUAGCUCUCGACAACGUAGAUGAAAGUUACGAGUUUUCCAGGCUCAAGCAGUCAAUGGAAAUGGUCGGGUUUACCGCCGAAAAACAAAGGCGCUUGUUUUCGGUUCUGUCGGCUGUCCUUUUACUUGGCAAUGUACAAUUUCAACCACGUAAAGCGGCUUAUCAUCACGACGAAGCGGUCGGCGUUAAAAAUCCGGAAGUAGUGCUUUUGAUUUCGGAACUUUUGCGUGUAAAACAGGAGACUUUACUGCAGGCGUUGACCUCGAAAAGGGCGAGAGCAUCGGGUGAAACUUUAGUUAUUAAUUAUCGAUUGCCCGAGGCGAUAGCCAGUCGCGAUGCGAUGGCUAAAUGUUUGUACGGGGCCUUGUUCGAUUGGAUUGUACUGCAAGUGAAUCACGCGCUGCUCUCCAAGAAGGACAGUUUACGGGAACAUCAGGGAAAUUCCAUAGGGGUCUUGGAUAUAUUCGGUUUUGAGGAUUUCGGGUUGUGUAAUAGCUUCGAACAGUUAUGCAUAAAUUACGCCAACGAACAUUUACAAUAUUAUUUUAACCAGCAUGUAUUUAAAUACGAGCAAGAGGAAUAUAAGAGAGAAGGCAUACGAUGGAAUAAUAUUGACUUUAUGGAUAAUACUGGGUGUCUGCAGUUAAUUGAAGGGAAGCCUAAUGGAGUAUUAUGUAUACUAGAUGAUCAGUGCAAUUUUCCAGGUGCAUCGAACGAAACUCUCCUACAGAAAUUUAACUCUGUUCACAAAGACAAUAACUGGUACCAGAAACCACAGAAAAGGGAAGCGGCAUUUAUCGUGGUUCAUUAUGCUGGCAAAGUAAAAUAUCAAGUGACCGAAAUGCGGGAGAAAAAUUUAGAUUUAAUGCGACAAGAUAUCGUAAGUGUUCUUAAGAACAGCUCUAUGGCGUUCGUUCGAGAGCUGGUUGGAGCCGAUCCCGUUGCCGUUUUUCGUUGGGCUAUUGUUAGAGCAUUUUUUCGUGCCUAUUUUGCGUUUCAUGAAGCUGGAAGGAAGCAUAGGCAAAAUCGCGUCGAUGGAAAUAAAAAUAAUGUACAGCAGCGUUAUCGAAAUCAUGCACCGAAUGAAAAUCUUAUCAGCAAGCAACGAAAUACUGUAACUUAUAACCGACUGGGCCGUAACAACGAAUGCGAAGUUCCUAACAGUAAUAAUAAUAACAAUAAUAGAUUAUCGUGGCCCCAGUUCUAUCAACGAAACAGAAAUAAUAUCGGCACAGGUUAUAAUAAGUCUUACGAAGACGAUCGAAGGCGAAAAGAUUCCUCCGGAGGUAGUCCUCAUGCAGCUGCUCUUGAAAGGGUUCUUUGUCCCGAUGAAGCGAGAGUUAUGCAAAGAGCUAAUCAAAUUGUGAUGAAGAACAAGUCGUUUAGACCGCGCGAACGAGGAAAAAAAGGAUUGAAAAACUUGCAGUCUGUUAAAACAUUAGCGGGACGAACCGGUAUCACUGCGGCCAAUCAAAGCCAGUUGGGUAAAGCGAGAAAACAACCUUUAACUGUAGCUGCCCAAUUUCAACAGUCGCUUCACUCGCUCAUGGACACACUUAAUCAAGCGAAUCCUUUCUUCAUACGAUGCAUCAAGUCCAACGGUAACAAGAUACCGAACGAGUUCGAUGAAGAAACUGUACAGAGGCAAUUGCGGUAUACAGGAAUGCUGGAAACCGUUAGAAUUCGGCAAGCCGGCUUUAACGUUAGACUAACGUACGAUGAAUUUAUACAAUUGUAUAGGAUUUUAUUACCGAAAGGCUUAUUAAGUUCGCAAAAUGACGUUAGAAACUUUUUGCUCACUUUAAAUUUAAACAGAGAUAACUAUCAGUUAGGCACCACAAAAGUAUUCUUGAGAGAAUCGGAAAAGUAUAAAUUAGACUGCAAGCUGCAUCAGCAAAUUAUGGCCAGCAUUGUUACAUUACAACGAUGGUUUAGAGCGUGUUUGGAAAGGCGACGAUUUUUGAGGAUACGAAACGCAGUCGUCACGAUACAGUCGUAUUGUAGGAUGUAUUUAGUUCAAAGAUACGUUAAAAUGCAAAUGGCCGCGUUAAAAAUACAAAAGGUCUGGAGGGGUUAUAAAGCAAGGUCGUGGAUGCAAAAACUUCAAACUGCAAUUGUUAUCUUCCAAGCACACAUACGGGGAUUUGUAGCUCGGAAGGCGUAUACACAUCUUAAGGAACUAUCGAAAAACAAAAAACCGGCAAUUAAGACGUUACCUAUGAGACUGAAAAUAGAACAUAGUGGUAGUACAGAUGAAGCAUUUAAUAGUAAAGAAUCUAGUCAAGAGGAACUAGAAAUAGAUAGGUUAUAUCCGGAGCAACGUUUGCAGGAUUCGGAUGAGAGUAGUGGAAUACAAGAAGAUGGUGAGUUAGAGUCGGUUCAAGCGAAACAAAGUUUAAGAUCUACUCAAUCGCUGCCAACCGUUGCCACAGUUAAGACACCUCACAUCUGCAUUCUUCAGUAUCCUCAAAAUAAUAGGCUGGAAUAUAUAAAGCAAGAAGGUGUGAAGGAUACUAUUUCUUUAAAACCAAAAGUUAGUAAAGCACACAAGACAAUCGAUCUGUCCGAUUUAGAUUAUUUACCUCAACGAAAAGGCAGUGGCGAUUCAUUGGAUUCUCAAAGAAGUUUAGAAUCUCAACAAAGUUCCGAUUCACAUUCCAGUGUAACAGUUAGGGAAGCAAAAACUAAUAAGCACAUCUCGCACGACGUGUCAAUCUUACAGAAACAGGAACAGUGGUCUUCUACAAGUACGCGUAGCGAAACCGAUUCCGAAUGUGGUAUUACACAAUCGGCUCCCCCGGUUAUCGGCGAUAGACAUUCCGUUUAUGACGAAUUUCCAGAAAACGAAGACGUAUGGCACAAACGAAGUGAUUAUGAAUCUCCGCAUAAAAUGCAAUUGUCCAGGUCUUCCCCGAAGUAUCGCCUGAUCUCUGAUGUAAUGAGCCGUUCGCAUACAGCUCUGAAACGAGAAUGUAGGUACGGAAAUGAGAAUGUCAGAGGCGCGCUCGACGGGUUAAUAAGUUUGCCGCCUGUACGCCGUCAAGCUCGGGAUAAUGAUUAUUCCACUCGCAAUUCAAAAUUGAGACAGAAUGAUUUAGAAAACCAGGCAACGAACGAGUUUCUAGCAGGAUGUGAUCGAGCGCCUAGUAAAGCUGAGGAAAUACUUGGUAAGCCUGAGGCUCCUUUGCGGUCCGUUCGUAAACCACGGCGUGAUCUCGUGCGAAGUUUAGGUGAGGAGGUUACAGACAGCGCGAGUUUAGACAAGAAUUUCGUUUUGCGGACAAUCGAUGAGAGCAAUGCGAUCCAUGCCGAUAAUAAACAGAGCUGGUUAAGUAAAGAUGGCGAAAGUUCUUUGAAAUUGCUGCACAGUGAAGCCGAAUGGGGCAGAGCGCUUAGUAAACAGUCGCUAACGCCGAAACGCCAAAGAUCUAGUUUUGCAUCAUUGGAUUUGCGAAGAAGAAAUAGUGAUCCUGCUACAAAGAUAAGUUUAAUUAUUGGUCAUCCGUCCAAUAUUGAAGGUAGUCCACUUGGAAAAUCGUCUCCGGGGACCGAAUUAGAAUGGAAAAGCGACAACACCUUCACUAUGGCUGGCCAUUCGUUUAGUAAAAUAAAGAAGUUGAUAAAAGAAGAUCGUUGCGCAUUUUGCAACGAGCAGAUGGACGCGUUUAUUACUCAAGGACACAAGUGCGCGCAUUGUAAAAAACUGUUUCAUACCAAGUGUAUUCAAAAUAAGAGCGUAUUACAGAUGCCAUGUAACGGAACUUCUAGUGAAAGUGCAAAACCGGGUAGAAGAAAACAUCGAAAACAUUCCAGAACACCGUACGACGCUAACAAGAGAGCAGAAGCAAGUAAAUUCAGUUUAACCGGCACGUCCGAAUUCACAGACAGGGCGGACCAAAUCAUUUCCGACGUGAGGGAGCUACAGUUAAUGCAAGAUUUCAUUACGAGCAAAAUAUGUCAAAUAGAAGGUCAGGUUGGCGAAAACCCCAGUGAGGUCGAUAGGGUUUUUAAACAGGCUCUUCGAGAGUUCAAGGACAACUUGGUACAGUUCUACAGUACCGCCAAUAAACACGGAUUCGAGGGGUUGAGCAUCAAGUAUAAGGAUCUCAUUACAAAUUUUAUGCAAGCCAUGGAAACCGUUUGCCAGAGGGAGCACAAGGAUGAAGAUUUUCCUGUUAUAAUGGGCGUCAAUGCCUUUCGAGGUUUUAUGAAUGAAUUCAUGUCGUCGAGGACAGAAGCCGAAAAACCUAGCAAGACUAAGCGGAAAAAGGAAAAGAAAAGAAAAGGGGACGAGCCUAUUAAAUUUGCGGGGCAUCGUUUUGUUUUGACAAUCAUUAAUAUUCCGACGGCGUGCGAGAUUUGUAACUCUUUUUUUAUGUGGCCCAUCGAGCGUGGUUUAGUGUGUCAAUCUUGUAAGCUUACGUGUCAUAAAAAGUGUUAUACUAAAGCGUUAGGGAAUUGCGUAAAAGACUCGAAUUUGAAUGCUCAAGGUGAUACUCGGAAGGUUUUUGGGGUGCCGCUCACAUCACUAUUAACCGAAGAUAACAAAAUUCCUGUAGUAAUAGAGAGGUUAAUCACUACAAUAGAAGUGUACGGCAUGUACACUGAGGGUAUUUAUAGAAAAUCUGGGGUUAGUUCAAAAGUGAGAGAACUAAAGACGAAAAUGGAGGAGAAUCAAAAGGAGGUUAAUUUUGAAAAUUAUCAGGUUCACGUGUUAGCGUCGGUUUUAAAGAGUUUUUUGAGGGAGAUGCCCGAACCGUUGCUAACAUUUGAAUGUUACGAAAAUUUUAUAACCGCCGCCAACUUGACUGAGAUUCAGGAUCGUGUAUCCACCCUUUACGAUAUUUUAAAAAAAUUGCCAAAGCCUAAUUACGAUUUAAUGGAAAGGCUGAUAUUCCAUUUGUCGCGUGUGGCUCUCCACGAAGAGGUUAAUAGAAUGAGUGCGGCCUCGUUGGCUAUCGUUUUCGCUCCUUGCAUUUUAAGGACCAACAAAGUGGUGCCCGCCCAAGAUAGUUUGCACGAUAUAUCCAGCCAAACCCAGUGUAUCGAAACUAUAAUAAAAGAACAAUUGAGAAAAGUGCGUAGUACCCUUGACGAUAUCGACACUUUGGAUACGGCGUGUCAAGCGGCCACAAAUCGAUUGUCAUCCUUAAGGAGUUCAAAAGUGUUCACCCCAGAAGAAAUGUUACCCGUCAGUCAAACCUCACAGCAAGCGGACGACGAAGAAGCUUUAUUAGUGGAUCACAUCGAAGAAAUACAAAAAGAAAAAGAGCAUUUGACUUCCACUCUUCCAGUAUUGACCCAUGCGACUUCGGACGAUGAUAUGUUGUCGACCGAUGUUGACGGGGAAGGUAGUUUAGACGAUAUAUCGUGCGUUCCUGACCAAAAAAGAGUUAAAGGACCUAUAAUUCGGACUGUUUCUGGCGGUGAACCGAGACCACCCAGAUUAAAACGACAGUCAUCUUCCGAUGUUAGUGUAAAAGUAGUGGAUGAAUGUGAAGAUGCACCAAUAAUGGUAUAAUAUAGUUGUGUAAUAUAUAUAUACAUAUAAAUAGUGUAACAUACAGGAUUUGGCAGGUAAUAAUGUAUACUGCUUUAUUAAUGUACAUAUGAUAAGUGUGAUACCUUACUUAAUCUGCUACCUUCUGUAUAUUAUUUUCGUAACUUUUUACACUACACUAUAAUGUAGCGAAUAUAGGAAUGAAAUCCAUGACAUUUGAAGUCAAUAGAAAUAUUUAUAUGAUUACAAGGUCUUUAAAAGUUGAAUGUGAUUAGCAGGGUAAUUUAUUUACUAAUGAUGUUAUAUUUGCUAUAAAUCUUGUUCAUUCUGGCAUAUUUUCCCCUGUACUUUUUUUAUUCAUAGAGUCUCGCUAUGAGAAAUCCAUAAAUCUGACUUGGAUUGACCGUAAUUUCAAAAUUUGCCCGAAAUUGCCAAAUUAUUUAAUUCUGUCUCGAUUAUUUUUCAUCGCACUAUUGCCGAGAGUAUUUAUUAGCUUUUCGAUCUGAGUUUACAUCCAAUUGAAAUCAUUCUUAUCGAAUCUCAGUUUUAUACCAAUUUCAUUCAUUAAUUGUUUAUAUACAGGGUGUCCAUUCGCGCCUCGCCGUAUGGUGACCAGUUAUUAAGAGAUACGGGUGUUAGUUACAUUGGAACACAGUUGUUACAAACCCUGCAUAACGUUAAGUUACUGCACCAACAUUAAGCGCUUUCAUUUUACAGUCUGUGGCAUUAAGCUGUACAUUUUUCUUUAACCAAAUUCUUUUGCUCGCACCCUUCGGUGUAAAUUGGCUUCCUAUUAAGUUAGGAGAAUGAGGCGAACACUACAGUCAUUACCUUUUAUUAUUGAAUGACCAGAAUAAACAAGCGAUUUAAGUUGGCUCAUACUUAAAUACUUUCAGUUAAAAUACUCGAGACUCCAUUUUACUUCUUGAAGAAUUCGGUGAUUGACGCCAGUCGGCGGUUAAGGAAUAAAAAGGUUUCUCAUUUACAUUCUCAUAGUAGAUAUUUAUUAUAACUAAUUACUUAAUAUUUAUUAAAAAUAUAUUUACAUUUUAUGAUAAAGUCAUAUCAUUGUUAUCUACUAUCGUAAUGUUUGAAGUGAUAUAAUUUUAAUGUAACUGUAAGAACAGAUUUUACUAUGUGCGGUAACGCUCUUAUAAUAAUAGGAAUAUAAUGAUUGUACCGCCGUUUUCGAUGUGUUAUAUUCCAAAAAGGCUCUGUUAUAUUGUAAACUAGUUGAAAAGUAGAACUUUAUAUUUUCCGUUAACUUUUUUCUACACGAUUUAAUUCUCACGCUAUAGUGGGAGAUGAAAAACGAUUUAUUAUAAGCAAUAUACAUUUUUUUAAUUAUGAGGUGACUCGCCAAUAUAAAUUACCGCAUUAUUUCUAAAAGGCUAGUUAUUCGUAUUGUCACUUCGUGUUAUAACUUUAUUGUGUAAAGGUGUUUUAUGUUGUUACUGAAAACUGUUAUCGCGAUACUUUGUUACGGUAAGACGAUCCAAAUGAAAACUCACUUAACCAAUUCGAUUAUAGUUAAUUAAGAUUCCUUUUUAGUUCACUAACCAUUCUAUCUGUUCGCAUUUAUUGAGUAUCCAUUUAGAUAUUUUGUACAUUGACGUUUUGAUUUAUUUUUAGACUAGAUUAUAUUUUAUUUUUUUUUUAUAAAAGACAAGAAUCAAAAGUGCAAUUUGUCACAACUUAUUUAUUAUGCCCAUUUUGAAAUUAAUAUUUUUAAGCCGAAGGACUGCAUUCCUGUAUAAAACGAACAAUUGUUUAUUUUUUGUAUAAAUAUUUUAUGCAUUCUUUCAAGUGAUCUAUCGCUACUGUAUGGCAGACAUAUAAACUGACUGAAUUAAAAUUAAAUAACCGAUUGUUAAUCUUUAUUACAGCAUUAAACAAACUGUUGUCGUAA